GAUGCUUGUGAGCAGCACUAUGAUAUAAGUAUUACAGUAUUAAAAGUUCUCCAACAUAACUAAAUAUCAUUUGUACCUGGUCAUACUGACGGCAUGGUCAUUCUAAUUAUGUUUGCUAAUUACUGAGUGUUGUGUUGUGAUGACAGUGUGUGACAAGUGUUGUAGCGUGUGCAAUGGAGCGGGACCAUCAAAGUGUGGGGACUGCUCUACGAGAUACACUAGGAACAACAAGGGAGUCUGUGAAGAUGUGGACGAGUGUGAGGUGGAGUCGUUGUGCUCUAGUGGUACCUACUGUGAGAAUACUGCCGGGUCACAUGACUGUGAAGGAUAGUGAGGACGACCGGAGAGAGCUCUUGUCUGGCAGGACAGACCCAACAGCUGCAGGCAGGACUACAGCGUCUCUUGUCAGCUGAGCUGCUCUGGAGCGAGGGCUGUGAUGAGUGUAAGAGUGGCUACAGGAUGGAAGAGAACAUCUGCGUGGGUGAGUGGGCGUGUGCUUAUUCGACCAUGUUUCUCUAAUAGAACACUAUCAGUUGAUUGGUUGGUACAUGGUACUAGCUAACACUAUCAGGCAAUUCUCAUUGUUGCUAUGACAACAAUCCUUGUAUCAGCCCUACAUUGUUCCUUGGUCAAUUUAUCUAUUUUUUGUAUACUUGUUACCAUUGUACAGGAUUGCACACGUAUCUAACUCCCUGUUCUGCUUUAGCUGGUAAUUGCAGUAGUGUAUAGAAUAAGGCUGUUUGCUACAUGCAGUGUAUGGGCUAUUAUUCCGUUGCAUACCUCACAGAUACUAAUUCCCUGUUAGUCUAUGUACGCUAGGCUAUUCUAGUGCAUACCUCAGUAACAGAUACUAAUGGAUACCACUGCCUACCUGUAGAUUCCAACAGAUGAUUAUUAUAAGCCGUGUCUACAUGUACAGUCAUGUAUGUACUGUUACGUAUGUUCAGACAUUCAUUAAUUAAUGGAUCCCCCCCCCCCACACACACCCCCACACACACACACACACACACACACACACACACACACACACACACACACACACACACACACAGGAUGAUAUUCUGCCAACAGUGCACUUCACAAAGCACCCAGCUGCCCUCCUCAAAGAAGUUGGUCAGAGUCUGUGACAGCUGCUUCCUGGACUUGAACACACUUUGUUUUUGUAUAAUUAUACCUCAUUCAUUGUGUUGUCCUCAAGUGAUCAUUUGAUACAAUUAUUGACUGUGGUCUACAAUUUUAAUGUACAUGAUCAUGAAAUGUUUUUGCAAAUCAAA